ACGCGGUUGAGCCCCGCUUCCAGCCGGAGCUGCUGAACCACUUUCUUCAUCGCGGCGACGCUGGAGGAACCAGACAUGGCGCUCGCAGGUGCUGGGCAGGCUCGUCCGCGGGUGGAUCCGUCGCGCAGUGGGUCCGAGGGGCCAGACGCUGGGGCGGCGCGGCGGCGGCGGCGGGGCGGGGGACGGGGGCGGGGCUCGGAACUUUGUCGCUUAAGUUUCCGGUGCUUUGCCGGGCGGCUCCACCCGCAGCGCGCAUGCGCGCUCCUCCCCCGCGCUCGGUUCCAGCGCCUCAGCCCCGGCGGGAGCGCCGAGCCCGAGGGAGGGGGCGGGGGCGCGGGCGCGGGCGCGGGGAGGGCGGAGUAACCGUGCGGCCGGAGCGCGGCCGGACGCCCACCUUCUCCCUCCUCGCCCGAGAGGCCGACUUAGGAGAGUUGGUGGAACUUCAUGUUUUUUAUGUCCCUGAAGGAUCAUGGAACUAUAAGCUAAAUACCAUUUCAAUAGAAGUUGUUAACAAAUUCAUUUCAGCUGGAUUUAUAAGAGUAUCUCCUCAUCUUACUUUACAAGCCCUGAGAGAGCGACUUGGUGAGUUCCUUGGUGAAGAUGCUAUUGCAGAAAAAUUUUUAUUUCUGAAAUGCAUUGGAAAUAAUCUAGCUGUGGUGAAGGCAAAACAAGAAUCGGAACUGAAACUCAAAUCAUUUGCUCCUCCAUAUGCUCUUCAACCAGAAUUAUAUUUGCUUCCUAUAAUGGAUCAUUUAGGAAAUAUUUAUUCAGCAUCAACUGUCUCUUUAGAUGGGCGGCAGACUAAUAAUGGUGUUGCUAAGGCUGAUGGAAUAAUCCACAGACCACUUAGUGUAACUCUGUUGAAGGAAGAACCUGGAACAGAUCCCAGUUUUUUAGUAAACACUUUGAAAGAGCUUCUUAACAAGAAUCAGGAAGAAGGAACAUCGGCUGGGGGAAAAGUUACUCCAAAAGAAAAACAGACUGGAAAAACUCAUACUGGAAAUUCUGAAAUUCCAGGACCAUUGGAAGAAUCCAGUAGUGAUUAUUUUAGCAACAAAAAAAGUCCAUUUCUUUGGAAAAAUGAAGAUGAUAGAGUUAAUCUCAUUAGAACAGAGGACAAUCAGAUAGGUAAAAAAGAAUGCAUCAUCCUACCAGAUCUUAUUGAUUUUCCUUCACUUCCUGGUCAACCUGCUCUUUCUCCAGGGAUAACUGAUAUCUCUUCAUUACAGAUUGAAAGAGAGAAGAUUAUUGAACAAAUGAAACAAGUGAAGGAAGAAAGAAGAUACCUGGAAAGAAUUAGAGAAGAACAAAUUAAAAAAGUUGAAAAGCUAUUUGAACAAAGUAAAUUGAAGCGAUACCAUGCCUGUGAUGGUUGGAAGAAAAAAUACUUUGAAACAAAGAAAAUCACAGCAUCAUUAGAGGAAGUUUUAAGAAAACUUCAAGAAGAUUUGGAACUUUACUAUAAAAAAUUGCUCAUGCAACUUGAAGCCAGGGAGAUCAAGAUGAGACCAAAGAAUUUGGCAAACAUUACAGACUCUAAGAAUUACCUUAUAAUCCAGAUCACUGAAGUGCAGCAUGCAAUUGACCAACUUAAAAGAAAACUGGAUACUGAUAAAAUGAAACUCAUAAUAGAAGUUAAGAUGAAGAAACAAGCAGUUUCAGAUUUACGUACAUUGAAAGCUGAACUGGCACAGAAGAAAAUUGACACAUCCUUACCAUCUAUCUCAAUUAGUUCCUGGAAAUGUGCUUAGUUAGGAGCUCAGCAGAUGAUUUUGUGUAUGAUGUAUCAACCAAUUCAAAAGGGAGCAUUGGCUGCUGCAAUACAUUCUGACAAGGCCAGACUUCGUUCAUCAUAAGACAUCACAAAGAGAAAGUCACAAGCAUCUGCAAUUCCAGUGUAAUUAUAGCACCGGUUUUUGCUCUUUGGAGACCAAGAUACAUCAAAGGUUACCUGUGGAAAACCAUGCCAUUUUAUGUAAUAUCAAAUAUGCUUAUUAUAUCAGUUGUUUUUUUUUUUUAUUUUGUUCUUACCUCACACUACCAAAGGAAAAAAAGACCUGUUUACAUAUAUGAAAAUGGGGUCUGACACUUAUAGAAGUAGGACAGUUCUAAGAUAUUUUUGCUCACAUGGACUGACCUACACAUAAAUUUGGACAGAUACAAUGACUAGGAGCAGGGCACUGUGUAGUUUUAAACUUAAAUAUUUUCAGAGGCUAGACUGGUAACCGAACUGAUUGAAAGAAAUAGGUGUAAUGACAAUAGGGUGUGGGAGGGCUUUUAAGCAACAAGAGAGUAAAAGCAUGCUAAGAGAAUUCAAAUACAGAAGUUUUUAAAAAAUAUUGUGCAGGUUAGAUAGGUGAUCUCUUGGUACAAGUUGACUGUUCUGUGUUGGGAAUUUAACCCCCUGAUAUAUAAUUACAUUACACGAUAGGUUUAAUCCUACAUUACAGUUAAAGAAUAGUGGUUUAUGGCUAAAAGGAUAAGCUGAUCAACUCAAAAUGUUUAUCACUUAGAUGGUCUUAUUUUAUGAGAAUACUCAAAUUUGGUGAGCCAGUCUUUAACAAAGAUGAGACUCUUUAAAAUAUUUAUUACCUUAGCUGAAUAUUAAUUAGCCUUAUUUUACAUAUGUGCAAAUGUUCUAAAGCUUCAUUAAAGAUUUUUGCUCUUAGUAAACACAUUAAUUAUUACAAAAAUUGAAAUCAGUUAAGAUUUUUACACUUUGGCCAAUGUAUUCUAUUAUAACUCUUUUUAGUACUUUGUCAGAAUUCUAUAAUUCUCUAAGUAUUAGCACUAAAGGCAGCUCAGCUUUACAAGUACAAGUUUUCCUAAAUAGCACUAUAGUGAAAUAGGUUAUAAAGUGAAUUUUUUUAUACAUCCAGUCCCAUUUUAUAAAAUGGGAGCUGUAUUCUAGUAACGGAGAAACUAAAUGAUCACCUCUAAACAGGUAAAUUUCAAAUCCACUGUAUAAAUCCUUACCCUCUCCUGAACAUGAAGAGUAUUUUUACCUAGAUUUUCUGUCAUAGUUAACCUCCUAUUUUGGAGAAAGCAGCUAUUAGUAUAUUCGACAAAUCAGAAUGAUUUUGGUUCUACUCUUGGGUCUAUUAUAAGUAGGUCUAUGUCACUAAAAACAUCUGAAUCUGUUUCCUACCUGUAAAAAAUGAUGGUGUAGAAAGAACUCUUAAUUCUGUGACCAUAAUUCUGUAAUCUUAGUCAUCUUUUCCCCAAAACUCAUUUCUCUUUCCAGACUCUAUUCAGUCAUUUUUUUCAUGGUGGCCUAUUUAAGAACUUUUGGGUCAUUAUUUGACUUCUCUCACACCCCAUAACUAAUCUCACAUUUUCCUUUGGGUGGCUUCUCACAGCUGUUGUGCCUCUUUCUUUCUAUUAAUAUUUAUUAAACACUUCCUGGGUGUUAAGGUUAUGCCGUCAUCCUGAUCCAUACUAUAAAUCUCAAUUUAUUAGACUUGGAUUAGUCCUUAUUGGUCUCCAUCUCUCCUCUAGACUAUUCUACAUCCUAGUAUAAAAUAAUCUCCCCCAAACACUUUCUAGGAUGUAAACCCAUUACACAUUUUAUGUCCUCAGUGAAUCAAAUUUCAGAAUAAAAUGCAUGUACUUCACUCUGACAUUCUGGAACUUCCAUAUUCUUACCUGUCUUGGCAACUGUACCUCCUGCUAGUUUUGAUACUGAUUUUGACAGAUACUCCUACUGCAAAGUCCUUGCUCAGUCUCUUCCUCUUUGCCCUUCGCUAUAGUGUGAUCAGGGUUAGCAAAGACAUUGUUUCCCUACAUACUAAUUCUAACCUAUUAGUAACAACAAUCUAGAGACUGAAGGAAAAGUUUUCUGGGAAUAAAAUUUGUCAGGAGUAUGGUGACCUGCA